AUGACUAAAGCAGCAGGCAAAGUGCGUCACGACUACACACGGAGGGAUCUGAUUCCACUAGUGUCAGAGAUUCAAACAUGUUGUCGCCUUAUAGUCUACGAGGCUGUGUAUUUGCGUUGUGAGCUUCUUUUGGCAGUGGUGCGUGAAUGUCGUGAUAACGGUGCUGCCCUUACUUUCAUGGAGAAAUCACCUCACGCUGAGUUUAUAGGCUCGGGAUUUUAG